CCGUCUUUCAUCAUAAUUCCAUACAAGCCUGAGGCCUGAAUUCGGAGCCCUUCAACCACGUACUCUGAGAAAGAGCUGGUCUUUUUUUUAGAGAUGCGUUCAGUUUCUUACUUAGAGCCAAGCACUGUGCUAUUGCCAGCAGAGGUUGGUUUUAACCAAGCAAAGAUGGGAUUUUCUUGACUACCAUGGCUCGGAGUUAGAGUUGGUGUGCUGCUCCGGAAGUUCCUGAGAGCUCCGAGGCGCCCUCUCGCGCUGGGGAGAAACUGGCAGGGAGGGAAUAGGUUCCCAGCGGUUUCACUGCUCCGGGUGGAGAGCUCACGUUGCUCUGGGCAAUCUCCUCCCACCUCGGAAAGGAAGUGAGGGCGGGGCUAGCGGGACUCCCGCCCCUCUGCGUUGCCUUGGUGACCAAGUGCGCCCAGUCGCAGUUAAGCCUAGAAGGGCCCUGGCUGACCUGAGUGGUGCCGCCUUGCAGGAGAGCUUGGGACAGUGAAGCACAAAACAAUAACCAUUUAUUAUUAUUCUUUGCCCCCAAAGUUCGGGUUUGCACUCUGCCCGGUUGGAAGAGUCAGCCUUCUCCGUGAGUUCUGUCCUCACCUGAGGGGCGUUCAGCCAGCGGUCGAGCCAAGAUGUCCUCGGUGGGGAAGGUGACCCAGGUUCCUAGCGGGAAACUCUACCAGCAGAUCUUCGAGGCUGAGGCGCAGCUGGUGCGCUCUCUAGCAGCCUCCAGGAAGCAUGCCUUGGAACGGUCUAUGACCCCCAAGAAUGGCAGGAAGCCCUUGAUGAAGAAGAUGGAUAUUCCUGAAGGAGAGAUGAUGUCUUUCCGGCAGCAGAAAUGGGCACACAGCUUACCCAAUGACUGGGUCACAGAAAACCCUGUUCUCUACAGGGAAAAGGAAAUAAUCAAGAAGAAAAAAGCUGAAGAAAGUGAGAGUACCAUUGCUGCCAGAGAGGUCCGGGGCCUCAUGGACACCAUCGUUCCCGAGAGGCCCUGCACCCCCACCCUGGGCACCAAGGGAAUGGACUCCCAGAGGCGGGACUAUGAGAGUGCUCUGGGGAACUUUAAGAAGGAGAUCGCCCAGAUUGGGAUGGAAAUGGAACCUUUCAUUUUGGAGCCAGGAAUGCUUCUUAUGAAAAAGCUGGUCGAGUCAGCUGAAGACAUCAACCAACUCUUCAAGAAGGUGGAAAGCAACACCGACCUCAAAUACUACACCAUCGAAACGCUGCUGGAGCUGUGGGAUCAGGUGGCUGAGAAGUUCCAGUUCCAGAAGCAGGGGAUCAAGGAGCUGGAUGAGGCCCUGUAUAAGGCCGAGUUCUCUCGGGCAGAUAAACUCAAAAGCGUGCUGAAGAAGUAUGCGGAAAUCAUAGAGAAGACUUCCUACCUCAUGCAACCUGACGUGUACAGGCUGAUAAACAAGGAGGCCAUGGUUAUAAACCAAGCCCUACUGGGCAACCGGAGGGCCAUCGCCCAGCUGUUCAUCAACCUCACGGAGGCCACGCUGCAGCAGGAGCUCCACAGCCACCGCCACUGGCAGAACCUGGUGGACGCCUGGAAAGAUCUCAAGAAGCAGGCUCUGGUGCAGAGUUUCGGUGAGUUCAUGGCCAGUGAGAGGAUCCAGGCUCCUCCAGGUGUGAGGAAGGAGAUGGAGAGCAUGCUGAAGGACCAGAAAGCCCUGCAGCAGAAGCGGCUGGAGCAUCUCUGCACCAUCUGUGACCUUCUACCCCCCAGUUACAGCAAAGCUCAGCUGACUGAAUGGCAUUCUUCUCUCAACUCCCUCAAUAAGCACCUUGACACCUGCCACAUAGACAGCAUGAUGCGGAUCCGCCUGCAGUACGAGAAGACGUGGCAGGAGUGCCUGGCCCAGGUGCAAACGUGCAAGAAGCAGCUGCUGGACUGCAAAGCCUUCACUGAGGAGGAGGCAGAGAGCCUGGUGAGCCCACACUUCUUCCAGAUGGUGGGCGAGCUGCAGAGCAAGGUGGAGGAGGAGCUGGAGCUCUUGGAUAUAUCCUUCGAGGGCCUGGCAAAGCAGACAGAAUGGCAGAGCUCAGAUCUCUUCAGCUACUUCCAGGAGGCCGUGCAGCUGUGGGAGGCACAUCAGAGCACACUGUCGGUGCUGGAUCUGGAGCUGGAGAAGAGGAUGGAGCAGCUGAGGCAGAAGCGCAACCUGGACGAGAAGGCCCUGGAAGCCCACCUGGAUAAGCUCUUGGACCAACUGAGGCAGCAAAGCGACGAGGAAACACUGAAGAUUCACCUGGAAAAAGCCAAAGAUUUCCUGAAGAAUAUGAAAUCCAGGUAUGAGUGUUUCCACAAGCUCCUGACGAAGGAAGCGACGGAGUACCCAGUGAUCAUAGUGGAAGAACUGAACUCCUACAGCUCCGCCCUCAGCCGACACUUCUACGUUCGGGAGAUCUUUCAGCAGACUUUGGAUGGGGAAGUCAUUUUCAAAUUCAGGGAACCAGAAGCGUACGAAAAGCACUUCCAGGAGAGUAUGAGAAGCUGGAGAAGCAAACAGAGGGCUCAAGUGGAAAUGAGCAGAAGUGAGGAAGGUGAAAGUAGCAGGACAAGUCCCUCCAAUCCAGCAGAAGAGAUGGAAGAAGAUGAUCAAGAAAUUGAGUCUUCCUUAACUGAGGAGAUGGCAGUGAACCAACAGGAACCAUCUCUACAGAGUGACAAGAUGGAUGAGUCCAGUGAGGAGUCAGUUAAAGAAUCAGAAAAAAUACAAGCUGAACGAGACAGCUCCUUAAAACCAUCUCUGAACCAGGAAGAUAUGAUGGUUCAAGAAGAAGAGAUAGAGGAGGACGAAAAGGAGGAAGAGGGGGAAGACAAGGAAAAGGUGGAGGAGAGGGAGGAGAAGGUGAAGAGGAAGAAGAAAAAGAAGGAGGAGGAGGAGGAAAAGGAGGAGGAAGAGGAGGAGCAAGAAGAGGAAGAGAAGCAGGGGGAGGAGGAGGAAGAACAUGAGAGUUUAUUUAUAGAAGAGGCCGGAGCCCAGGAAGAGAGUGUGGAGGAAAUCUCCCACAAUGAGGACAUGGAGUCCUUCACAACCUCCAGCGGACACACUUAUUUUGUCUUCCUAACCCUGGAACAACAAGAAGAGAGUUGCAAGAAACCCUAUUCCAACCUUUCUGCCAUUCUUGUCAAUGACAUUUCCAGUGCCAGCUUCCUAGAACAAGUGAUCAUUCCAUCCAGACUAGUUUUACAAAUUAAGAAACAACUUCGAGCUGGCCUUUUUGAGCACCUAGAGAAGUGGUUUGACCAGUGUGUCCUCAAAACUCGGGUCAUGGUGGCCACCAAGAUCAAUGAGCUGGAUUCAGAAUUGGAGCUGCAUCAGCAUCUACAUGAGCCAAGAGCCAAGUGCAUUGAAAAGGACAUCCAUAACGUCAGGGCAGCUGAGCUCUUGCUUCACCAAGAGCGGCUGGACAGCCACUGUGCUGGGGUGACAGAGACGCUAAGGAAGGAGAAGAUGAUGUUCUGCCAGUUCCAAGAAGAGCAAAACAUAAAGAGCAAAAACUUCCGCCGCAAGAUUUACAACAUGGAACACAUCUUCUCGAAUGCCACAAAGAGCCAGAGGCUGGUUAGUCUCAGCAGCACGUUGCACCGGGAGCUGCUCAGCUAUGUCGACGUCAUCCAGGUGUCCCUGCGCAGCUUCCGCCAGUACCUGGAGGAGAGCCUGGGCAAGCUUCGCCUCACCAACAUUGAGUUCAUCAAGCACUGCAGAUUGUUUUCUGAGGGAGGCAACUUUUCUUCUGAAGAAAUCAAUUCGCUGUGUCAUCGACUGGAGAAGGAAGCUUCUAGAAUAGAGUUUGUUGAAAGUUUAAUCAUGAUCAACAUGGAGAAGAUGGAGAGCGAAUACCUGGACCAGGCCAAUGAUGUCAUCAACAAGUUUGAAAGCAAAUUCCAUAACCUGUCUGUGGACCUUAUUUUCAUAGAGAAAAUCCAGCGGUUGCUAACAAAUCUGCAAGUAAACAUCAAGUGUGAGGUUGCAAAAUCCAAUUUGCAAACAGAUGGAUUAAAUUCUUCUCUGGAACAGCUCCAAAGGAAAGUAGAAAUGUGUCGAAACUCAAAGGGAGAUAAAAAAAUGGUGACCUCGGAAGACCUCCUUGGCUUCAUCCAGAUUUGGAAAGAGAAACUGGGCCAGAGGAUUCAGUACCUCAACUGCAGGCUGGACACAGCGUCCAUGACUCAAGUGGUCUUUGCCGACAAUGUCAUGACCGACCUAGAGGUGGAGAGUGACAUCAUGGUGUCUUCAGAAGCCCUUGAAGAGGAGGCCAAGGUAGACUUGGUCACCCCCGAGUCCUUCGCCCAGCCGAGCCGCAUGGGGAAGCCCAUGAUUGAAGACCCAGCCGUGGAAGUGGUCAAGAAGAUCCUGCAACUUCCCGAUGAAAAAUGCUCAACCCAGCCAUGUGACAAAGACCGGUCCCAGACAGGUAGAGGCAAACAGGCCUGUGGGUCUCAGGAGACUGGCGGUGGGGGAGCCCCCUGGCCCAUCCUCACCUCCGGUCCUCCAUUCUUGCCCUGGGCACUCAUCACCCAAGGCUUGAAGCGACACCAGAACCGGGGGGAACACGUCGUGAAGAAAGCCCAGUCCAGUGGCAGUGCCACUUCAACGGCAAGCAUCACACGGUACUCCAAGCCCAACCGAAUGGACAGAAAGUUCCAGGUGCUUGGGGAGAAGCCACCACCUCCAGCUGAGGACUUUAAAGGGAUCAUCCUGACCCUUCUCUGGGAGAGUAAUGAGCAUCUGUUGAACGUGGUAGAGGAGUUCUAUCGCAGAGAGAAGCGUUCCAUCACCAGGCCUGACUGCAUGUAUGAAAACUUUGACCAGUGCGCCGAGAACAUCUGCAAGAAGAUCCUGGAGUACCACAUGCAGGCUGACGAGUACCAUAACUCCUGCCUCAUAGAAUUACGGGCCCAGAUGAGGAGAUUUGAGGAGCUGCUGCCCCAGGUGUGCUGGCUGGUGAUGGAGAACUUCAAGGAAGACCACUGGAAAAGAUUCUGUGUCUCUGCCGAAGAGAUCCGGGGACAGUUCCAGAAUUAUCAGGAGAAGCUGGAGAAAGGGAAGGAUGAAAAUGCCCAGAAGCUCCACCCAAAUCUUGGACAUCCUGCACAUUUCCAAGAAAUGGAGUCUCUGUGUCAAGUGGAAGAGAAAAGGCAGAAUGAUUUAGACACCAUGAUCGUGACAACCAGGGAAAAGCUUGAGGAAUUCAUCAGGAGGUACGGCCGGCAUUUCAUAGCCAACUUGGCCUCCUUCACCGAGAAGUUCCUGCUGCAGUUGGAUGAAGUGGUCACCAUCGAUGAUGUCCGGGUUGCAAGGAUGGAGUCCCCCAAACAGAAAACAUCAAUCCUCAUACGGAGGAAACUUGCUAGGCUUUCCCUGAAGGAAGAAAGUGAGAAGCCCCUGAUUGAACGGGGGAGCAGGAAGUGGCCAGGAAUCAAACCCACCGAAGUCACCAUCCAAAAUAAUAUUCUCCUCCGGAAGACAUCAUGCAUCACCACUACCAAAACGACCCUGGGUCACCUGGCAGCCGUGGAAGCCCGAGAUGCCGUCUACCUGAAAUAUCUAACACUAUUUGAAAAGGAGUUGAAGAAGAUCCAGGAGGACAGCAUGUUGCAGGUGAAGGAGGCUCAGAGCUGGAAGGACUGCUGGAAGCGCUCCGUGCUUACCAUCCAGGGCCUGUACUUGUGAUACCCUCAACCCACCCCACGUAAAGGCUCAUUUUUACUAGAAUCCUUCUCUCUCUGUCUAUCCGUCCAUCUAUCCAUCCAUCCCUGCUCUAUACCCAGCUCUGUAGCUCCAUCAGUGACCAGGACAUGGUGUGGUCUCUGUCCUUGUGGAGGUCACUUCCAAGGAGGAGGAUGGAGGGGAAAGGGGAGUUCCACGUGGUUAGCAGGGAUGGUGGGUCACAGGCGUGGGCCAUUUAAAAGAAAGACCAGCACUUCAGAGGACGUAAUUCCAAUAGGCAUGCUUGGCACUUCAGCUUGGAAAACACAAUAAUUAAAAUGUAUGAGCAUGAAUACAUUUUACAUUUCACAGUGUAAAAUAAUUGCAACCAUGCAACCAACAAAGAAUUAAUCCAGUCUUGAUUGGGUAUCUGUCUGGCAAUUUGCCUGACCAAAUUAGAGCAUUUUGAGGAAAACCUCCCAGGCCUUCUUAAUUUUCCUGGGACCUCUUUAAUCUUGUGAGACUCAGAUCCUUCUCUCUAGAAGCCUACAUGGUGCCAUCUUCCUUGUUGAUUUUAUCUUCCUGGAUUAGGUGGCCUAAUCAUGCCAAGUCUCAUUGGUCAGUAGCUCUCUGUGGCGGAUGGACAGGCUGCCUACAUUCCUUCUUUGACUUCGUCAACUCCUGUUUCUUUUACCUGGUUUGUGUUUGGACUUUGCAUCAGUUUGGAUUUUCCCAUGUUUAACCUCUUUUAAUGACUUGAUGAGGGGGGCUUUGCCCCUGCUUUACAGGUGUGGAAACGCAAAUCCAGAAGGCGGAGACAACCUACUUAAAGGCACACAACCAGCAUAGACCUUCAGCAUAAUUUUUGGUUCCCCAAACGUGGACGAGGACUUGGGGACAAGUCGUUUGUUUUGGAGAUGAUCCCAAGAAGCAUGGGGAAGGGGAGACUGGAAGGCGACUUAGCCUCGCUCCCAGCCCUUCCACCUCCCACAGCAGGCACAUUCUGUCCUCCUCACCUGUCCCCCACCCUGCAUCACCUGUCCUCUGGCCUGCUGCUGACCUGUCUCCUGACCUGUUCUCCUAUAACCAUGGUCCACACUAGGGGCUGUGGGCUCACUGUAGUUCCACAUGCCCGCAGAGGUGGACUGCAAGACUCCAGUCCUCUCCCCUCAAAACUACCCUUCGGACCUUAGGGAUUCCCCAUAGAGCAGGUAGUUAGGAAAAUGGAUGCCACUGCCCCAGGACAGAGCUGCCUCCAGUCUCUUUCUAACUCUCCCUCUUGUAAGUUCCCCUAUGUCUAUUCUUCCUUAGCCACACCUCCAUGAUCCCCACCUGAGAAGUCAGUGUGAGUGAGUGUACCUGUGCCCAAGUGAGGAUGUGGAGAGGAAAAUGACCUUAUAUGGAGAAGGGGGUAGACAGGGGUCUCCCUAGGAUCUUAGAGGCUCUCAGCAUCAAGUAAACCCCUAAGGGAGGUGAAUUGAGCCCUGCCUAAAUCUCUUCCUUUUCCUUUAGACUCUGCCCACCUCCUAAGCCCCAGACCAGUCACUGACACACUCCAGGCCUCAGUUUCCUAAUUGUGUAAUGAGAGACCAGAUACAGAACCACAUAAGUGGAUGUUCGGUGAGGUCAGGCUCCACCAAAACAGGUUGGAGGUGUCCGGGUGGAGUAGCAUGGGUACAGAAAAGAAACCAGGGCGUGGCAGCCAGUCUGUCUGCCCAUAGCCAGGCACAUACAAGGGGCCCUGGGGAAGACCCGAGAAGAGUGCAUACACGUGAGCCCUCAAACUGAUGUGUGCACGUGUGCUGUACACGUGAGGUGGUUCUCCUGCAGCCAGUUCUGUGCACCCCACAGCUGCUGAAGCCUGGGUCACAAGUUCUCCCCCAGACCCAUGCAGGGGUGUCACUUUAACUAGGAUGGGGGGUAGGGAAGGGGCAGUUCCCCAAAGAAAUGCUGAUGUACUACCGUUCCCAACAGACGAGGACGUAGAUGUCGGGCAGGCAAAAGCUCCCCAAGUCUCAGAAUCAUGCAAGCUGCCUCCAAACCUAUCUCUGCCACUAUGCUCAGGUGACUGUCCCCGGAGAAGGGACUUGUCUUGUCCAAAAUCACACAGUGAUUCAAUGGCCAACCUCAUAUUUUGGUUAGGCUUGGAUUUGCCUAUAUAUAGCAGAAAACCCAAAGUAAUGUGGCAUAAACAAGAGAGAGAUUUGUAUCUUUCUCAUAUAAAAGAACUCUUUUUCUGUCAUGCGACAACUCCAGUGACCCCCACCCCCCGCAACUAGACAAUGACACUGACUUAUUUGUGACUUACUCAAAAUAACCAGAGAAAAUUACUUAUGUUCAGGGAGAUGGGCUGUCCUCAGUAACCCCCCUUCUCUGUAUUCAUAAAACUUUCCCACAUCCCCUGCGGUGGAGGACAUUUGCUAAUAAAAGAAAACAAAAACCAAAACAAAUCCCCCCCUCCAAAACUCUAGAGGCGGGCAGUCCUUACUGAUCCUGGACUGCUCAUCAUGGAAGACCCCAUGUCAUCUGUCCUCCAGCAUCUUAGCUUGUGGUUUCCAUCAUUCAGUCUGUCCCUGGCCAGGGUGGCUGGCUGCUGGAGCUCCAGCCUAGACCAGCUACCAGGCCUACACUUGAGACAGCAGCAGGAGGAAAGGAGGAGGGCAAAAGAGGCCCUCCCAGCUGUGUCUGGGCCAUCUGGCCAGCCUCCCCGAAGUCCCACACCACACUCUGAUCACAUGUCAUUGGCCUGAACUUUGGUCACUCUUAGCUGCCACAGAGGUUAGACACUUUAAUCUUUUCAUUUGUAGAAUUGCUGCCCAAAUUAAAACUGUCUUUAAGCAAAGGGGGAAUGAAAACUGUGGAAACUACCAGCACUCUUUGCUACCCAGAACUCCAAGAUGAAGAACAGGAGAGGGGGUUGGGUAGGACGUCUGCAGCCUCUCUUUCUUUCAUGUUCACUCGUUCACAGAGAGAACAGUCUCUGCUCUAAACCACAGCAUAUGAGCAGGACCUCUGCUUUGGGCUUCCAACAGAAUGAUGGGAACUACUGUGUUGGCUUUCAUCUGCUUGUCCCUUACAGGAAGAUCUGAGCAAACCCUUCUCUAUUUCAUAAAUGGGGUGGGUAGAGGUCAGUUUGUGAAGUCUUUUAAGCAAGCAACGUGUUCCUGAAAUGCUGAGUCAAAAUUAUAUCUCUGUAAAUCAAAGAAUAGAAUCUGUUGACCCCACCAUGUUGAACCUCACGGUGAUUAUACUAGUAAAAAUAAUACACACAAAAUAAAACUAA